AUGUCAUUCUUUGCAUCCCUACGUGAGAAAGCUCCAUUCCUAGAUAGGAUCUCCGAAACUUUCACUCCAGUGUUAACCAGAGAUGAGAAAUUCAAGUUGGAAUAUAAACUACCAAAAGGAGAGAAUAUUUUAGAUGAUAUAAAUGCGGAUCUUUCAUUCCUUCACCCAAGUACUCGGUCUAGAAAUGGUAAAAGUCCCGUUAGCCCUAAAGCUCAACAAAUGGCAGUAGUUUUCUCAGGGAAAGUAUAUUUGACCCCCCAUUUUAUCCUCUUUAAGGAUAUAUUUGAUCAAUCUUCUUGUGUCCUGAUUCUCAACAUUUCUACCAUCAAGAGAGUAGAGAGAUCGCCAUCAGCUUCAUAUUCGUGUGCGUUACUAGUUACGCUAUAUUCAGGAACUCAAAUAUUAUUCCAAUUUAUUGGGUUGAAAUAUCGUUCUGAACAAUUUUGUGAGCUGUUAAAGGCAAAACUUCGAGAAAAUAUUCCUAAUGCAAAGACAUUACCUAAAUUUUUAGAUACUUGCUAUUCAGAAUUUCUAAUCAGGAAGAAUAUUCUGGGUUUGAAGGAUACUCAACCUCCAAGAGCUGGGUUGGGACAACAAUUUAAAUAUCCGGGAAACCCAGUUCUUGCAAGAGAAAAAGCUAAAUUGAGAUUAUGGUUUGAAUAUUUUAGAGAGAAUGGGAGACAUUUAUCUCUGAUGAAGAAUCCAACUUUCCAUAAACUGAUCAGAGUUGGAGUUCCUAAUAGAUUAAGAGGUGAAAUAUGGGAAUUGUGUUCCGGAUCUAUAUAUUUACGUUAUGCGAAUCCUGGUGAAUAUGAGAAAUUAUUGAUAGAUAAUAAGGGCAAACCUUCUCAGGCGGUAGAUGAAAUUGAAAAGGAUUUGAAAAGAUCACUACCCGAAUAUUCAGCUUAUCAGACAGAGAAUGGGAUUCAACGGUUGAGGAACGUUCUUACAGCAUAUUCAUGGAAGAAUCCAGAUGUUGGUUAUUGUCAAGCAAUGAAUAUUGUUGUGGCUGGUUUAUUAAUAUUCAUGUCAGAGGAACAAGCUUUUUGGUGUCUUAAUAAUUUAUGUGAUAUUUACAUUCCAGGGUACUAUUCCAAGACAAUGUACGGAACAUUGUUAGAUCAAAAAGUAUUCGAAGCGUUUGUGGACGAGAAAUUACCUGUAUUGUGGGAAUAUAUAGUGAAACAUGAUAUUCAGUUGUCGAUAAUAUCCCUGCCGUGGUUUUUAUCGCUUUUCUUUACAUCAAUGCCUUUGGAAUAUGCUGUAAGAAUUAUGGAUAUCUUUUUUAUGAAUGGGCCAAAGUCAUUAUUCCAGGUGGCACUUGCUGUAUUAAAAAUUAACAGUGAUGAUAUAUUACAAGCGGAUGACGAUGGGAUGUUUAUUGCGAUCAUUAAGAACUAUUUCCAAACUCUGGAUCAAAGCGCUCAUCCCGACUCGCCAGACAUGAAAUAUAGACAAAUAACAAAGUUCCAAGAGUUAUUAGUGACAGCAUUUAAAGAGUUUAAUGUCAUUACUGAACAGAUGAUAUAUCAGGAGAGAAGUCGUCAUGAAAAAACAAUUUUCCAAAAUAUUGAAACUUUUGUAAAGAGGACUCAGCUACGCCAUAUGCCAAGAACUUUCCAUUUAACAGAUGAUAAUUUAUCCAACAUUUAUGAUAUUUAUUACAAUAGUAUUGAAAGCCACAAGAUCAGUAUGGGUACAGGUUCUUCUAAUAUGAAUUUUGAUAUCUUUGUUCAAUUUCUAAGCAAGAUAUGCGAUUGGUGUAAACCAUGCGAGCGCGAUUCUGAUCCUGCCUUUAGGAAACAAAAGUCAGGAUUCCUUAGACGAUUAUUCGAUGAUUGGGAUACUGCAAGUAUCGGUGAAUUGACAUUAAACGAUGUAGUAAGUGGCCUUGAUAAGUUGGUUACUCCUGAUCUUCUGGAAUCUAUUAAUUAUUUCUUUUCAUUGUAUGAUAGUGAUAAUGAUGGAGAGUUACAUCGUGAGGAAGUUUUACAAUUAUCUGAAGGUUUAUUGCUCUUAACGGAACCUUGGAAGUCAGGUAGAUAUGUUGAUCUUCUGACCAAGAAAAGUAUCGAAGACGAUAUUGCCGAAAAUAUUGCCAAAGAGAAGAUUAUCGAAGAAACUAAUAAUGGUGAUUCUGCUGAUAUAUCAAUGGAACAAAUUGAACUACCAACUGGUGUGACUGUUGAUGAAGAGAAAUAUAGAGCUGAGCAAGCUGAAAGAUAUUUGAAAGCUGCUAGUAAUUUCCUACAAAGAUCUUUCGAAUAUGCCCAAUCGUUGGAUAUUGCAGAGGAAGUUGAUUUGAUUGAUCUUUCAGACAGUGAUGAUGGCGAAACGAAUCAAGAGGAUAAACUUCAAAAGAAAAAGAAGAAAUAUGAAUCUAUCAAAGCCAACGCAGCAUUAGAUCCUACACAUCCAAAGGUUAUCGAUUUAGCCACUUUUAGAAUGAUAAUCCUUGCAGAUGAAACCUACGAAUUAUUUUUUGCAAAAACUUUUAGAUUGUCCAUUCACGUUGAUGAGUCUGUUCAAUCUGAUAACAACAAAAAUAAUGCCUUGAGAGGUAUGUUUGAUGGAAUACUUGCUGAUGGUAGAAGGGUGGCAGAACAAGUCCGUCGUCGUGUAGAUUCAGUUGCCACGAGAAACAGUAUGUCUUCCGUGGAUAGUCAAACUGGUGGCAGUCUUCAAGCCACUGUAAAUACAGACAAAUAUGAUGAUAUGGAUGAUUUCACCUCUGAUCAACAGCUAGAGCAUGAGGAACUAUUGAAUAAUCCAUGGGUUGAUGUAGAUGAUGCCGUUGAUGGGAAAGAACCUGUCAGACAGGAGCGUGCAAUCCAGGCACUUCCACCUCAAUUGGCAGACCAUGAUCUGAUUGAAUUUGAGGCGUGA